CCAGUUAUUUCUUACCAUUAUCUCUUCCUGUCUGCUAUGCCUUUAUCACUUGUGCAUCUUCUUAUAAUCUAAUCCAUGCCCUGUUUUCUAGUAGAAUUCACAUAGCAUGACAUGUAUCCUAUACAUUAGUAAAAGUAUAUGUAUACAGUAUACCUUUUCUAUAUCUGAAUAAGUAUUUUAUAUAUCCAUACCUAAAUGCCCAACAUCAACUGUGUGUGCCCACAUUUAUACAUGCUGCUGAGUACAGUCUUUGGCAUAUAUAUGUAAUAUGUUGCACUAGUACAUGCUGAUUGAUGCUAAAACUGUAUAUGGGCAUUUGUCUAUAUUCAUAAGCACUAUAUUUAUACACAUCUAUAAUUUCCAACAAGCUCAUGUCAAACCUCUGCUUUUUAUUUGGAUAUAAAUGUAACAUCUGCUGAUCCAAUACAGUAAAUUGUAUGUUCUGAUCUUUUACUGCCUAUGUUUUAAUGUGACAGCACCUGCCUUCCUAUUGCAGUUUAUUUCCUUAUUACCUGUAGAUGUAUACUCCUCCCCUUUGCUUUGUCACUGCUUUGUUGCCUACCUUUUCCCACUCCUUGUCUUUAAUCUCAUUAUUCUGCAACAUCCUGGGUCAUUUUAAGAGAAAGACACACAUUUUUGUAUUGUAGGGCGUUACUGGUUGUAGACAUACAACCUGCCCCACCUACCCUUAAAGAAAUACUCAAGUUACACUUCAUAUACUGAGUUACCUGCAGUUCAACCUGUCAGCUCCUCGCUCCCUCCUCUCACUGAGACCUGCCAGGCUGAUUGCACUGUGCUCACAAAAGCCAUCACCGUUCACUCUUUCAACCAACACAGUGUGCAAAAAUGGCACAAAAGCAGGGCAAUUGCGCAGGAGCCUGCUCAAAAGAUGAGAAUGGUGGAAAGCCCAGGAAAGUGGCUCUCAUCACUGGCAUUACUGGUCAGGAUGGGUCUUACUUGGCUGAAUUUCUUUUGGAAAAAGGCUACGAGGUGCAUGGUAUUGUUCGACGAUCAAGUUCUUUCAACACAGGGAGGAUUGAGCACUUGUACAAGAAUACACACGCUCAUACAGAAGGAAAUAUGAAGUUGCACUAUGGUGACCUUACGGACAGCACGUGCCUAGUUAAAAUAAUCAAUGAAGUGAAGCCUACUGAAGUAUACAAUUUAGGAGCGCAAAGCCACGUCAAAAUUUCCUUUGACCUGGCUGAGUACACUGCUGAUGUUGACGGAGUUGGCACUUUACGUCUUCUUGAUGCCAUAAAAACCUGCGGCCUUAUUGACUCUGUGAAAUUUUAUCAGGCCUCAACCAGUGAAUUGUAUGGAAAAGUUCAGGAAAUCCCACAAAAGGAAACAACACCUUUCUAUCCUAGAUCACCAUAUGGUGCAGCCAAGCUCUAUGCCUACUGGAUUGUGGUGAACUUCAGGGAAGCUUACAACCUUUUUGCUGUUAAUGGAAUCCUUUUCAACCACGAGAGUCCACGAAGAGGGGCAAAUUUUGUAACCCGAAAAAUUAGCCGUUCAGUAGCAAAGAUUCACCUCGGACAGAUGGAGUGUUUCAGCCUUGGAAAUUUGGAUGCCAAACGAGAUUGGGGUCAUGCCAAGGACUACGUUGAGGCAAUGUGGCUGAUGCUGCAAACAGAUGAGCCUGAAGACUUUGUCAUAGCUACUGGGGAGGUCCACAGUGUCCGUGAGUUUGUGGAGAAAGCUUUUAAGCGCAUUGGAAAAACGAUUGUGUGGGAAGGCAAGAAUGAAAAUGAGGUGGGCCGCUGCAGUGAAACCGGCAAAAUCCAUGUGAGAGUCGAUCACAAGUACUACAGACCCACUGAAGUAGAGUUCCUCCAAGGAGACUGCACGAAAGCAGCUGAGAAAUUGGGCUGGAAGUGCAAAGUUACCUUUGAUGAACUUGUAAAGGAGAUGGUAGACGCCGAUGUGGUGCUUAUGAAGGGAAAUCCAAAUGCAUAAAUAUGGAUAGGCGCAAGAGUACAGCCUGCCAGAGUUACUCUGUACCUUUAUCUACAGACAAACACCGCCAAGUCACAACUCCCCCAGAAUUCUAUCCAUUAUCAUAUAUUUCUCCAUUACACCUGAUCUUGCUGCCAUAUGAUUCUCUAAUAUACUGUAUCUUCUACCAUAUGGGAAGAAGUUCAUCUAGUUCCUGCUAUCCCUAUUAAUCAUUUUAUCAAGACAUAUGUUUAAGAAUUUCUAUAAUUAUUGAUUUGUGUGUCAUUUUGUAGGCAGUUCAUGUGCUAUCUUUUUUCUUAUUAAAAUCGCAUUUCUAUGAA